CCAAUGAACGUUUGCCUUAAUGCCUGCUCUACAUUAUUCUCAUUUCUCAUUUGUUGGAAAUGCAUGCCAAUGUGUCUUUGCUUACUUGUUUUCUACACACAAAUUGUUAAAUGUACAGUACAUUGACGAUAGUAAUUCAAAAAUUUCAUAUAUUUAUUAAUUCAAAUUAAAUGGGAUCUACGCACUGCAUGACAUUUACUACUAAGUGUUGAAUGGUUAAAUUGGCGGGUGGCAUUUAAAUGGACGGUAUGGAAUUGGCACCAUGGUAAGGGUUACCAUGUCCAUCUGUUUGUCUGGGGACCUGCCAAAGUUGUAAUUUCCCUCUGUCUGGAUUCAAGUGUGUGAUGUGACUUAGGUUUUUAGUGCCGUGGCAGGGAGGUUCUGACAUUAUUAUGUUUUAAUUGUGUUAUUUAUAAAACCUAUGAGCUGUUCACAUUGUGGCACUUGCCCAAAUAUUGUCCAAUUUCAUUUUCAAACCAUCCAGCAUCAGCACUGUGUAGUCAUUUACCGGUAGUCACUGUUUUUGUGUCAAAUGGCUUUUUUGGUUGAGGUCUGAUCAGAAGCAUAUUUCCAUGCAUCAAAACCCAUUUCAGUCUUGUCACUUUGGAAGGAGUCAUGAUACCUUGUUUCUGUCACACUGACUAUAGGAGAGUCUAGUGGAAAUCCUAGCAGCUGUAGGAGCUCUGGUUUCAUUAGAACAUGGAACUGUAUCCCAAGUGUUUCAACCCAUCCCACUACUUAUUUUCCGUGAGAAUGGGUGUUCUCUUUCCUAAAAAAAACCAUCUUGCAUACCUCUAGCAGAUCAUUGGCUUUUAACCAGGUUAAAUGCUGCUGUUGUCUGCUUGUAAAUUAGAAUGACCUUUUAUUCUCAUUUCUUUAAUUACUUUGUCUUUGCCUGUUGUGUUGGUAGACUAAAACGAAUCAAAGGACUGGGCAUGGGUGUAACUUUUAUAGAUUCUGUUUCAUGCUUUGUCAUGAACAGCAAUACUGUUAGGCAUUAAUGACUUGGCUACAGUAAUUCCCAUCCACCAAAGUUAUUAGCAUUCAAAACUCAGCGAUCCAUCUACCUAUCACACCUAUGUUAGAAGAACCCCCCCUCCCCCCUCCCCCUGUCCAUUCAAGACCUCAACUGACCCCAGUUGAACCCAGGUGGGAAAUCUGGUAAUAUUGCAACCGCUGUCGCCGCUGUUCCCAGCCAAUUAACAGGCAGGCUGGAGCAUGUGUUUUUGAUGCUGCAGAGUCAUGUGUUGGAAUGGUGUGUGCAUCAGUAACGGGAGAGGCUUCAGUGUAAAACAAGACGGUUAUCCAUGAGUAAUGCUCCAUCUAACUCCACUCAAAUGUUUUGUAGAAUUGAGACUACCGUUUCAACGCUCCACUAAUGCCAAGCUCACACUACAAUGCUAUUGACCGGAUUCUUGCUUCAAAGACUCCUUUAAAUCCAUUUUCCAGCUCUCGGAUAAUCUGUGAAAAAUCUGGAAAGAAUCCUUAUUCUGUCUGCUGGAACGGUACUCUGAAGAAGACAUGAUUAUUUUAGUCCCGAGCCAGUCUGGAUCUCAUCGGGAGAGCCCAGUGUAAAUUCAAAAGUUUUAAAUUUUGUCUGGACUUAUGGCUGACGCACAUAGAAUCGUUCUACUAGAAUUCGAUAGAACGAGUGCAUGACAAACCAAACAGAAAAACACGAAACCAACUGUCGGGGACGAUUGCAGCGGAACCAGUUUAAUUGCCCAUUUUAAGUGUUGAAGACAAAUCAGUCUUUGGAUCCACUUAAAAAAUGUAUACAUGACAGGGGAGUAAACUGAAACGAUAGCCUCUGAAUCUUCCGAUAUGAUCUGUCUAUAACCCUAACCUAAAUCAGCUAGCGUGUGCUGUACUGCACAGGGAUUCACUUUAAAAAGACCGUCAUUGGACAGAUGUGUCUCAUUAGACAGGUUUUUAUUAAGCUUUCAAAGAGCUGUAGUGUGAGCUUUGUAUUAGAAUGGGCACCCAACAGCCGCUUCAUUUUAUUUUUUUUGUAGAAGUGAAACCACGGUUUCAACACUCCACUAAGGAUGUGCAUCCAACUCCACUCCCAUUUUUUAUUUGUAGAACUGAGAUUGCGGUUUCAACACUCCACUAAGGAUGUGUGUCCAACUGCCCUCUCCUUUUUUGUAGAAGUGAGACUACCGUUCCAACACUGCGUAGGGGAAUACCUCGCUCGAGGAGGAAUUACAAUGUCAAUAUGGCAACUUUGGCUCAGAGCGGUGAUCCAUUGGAAAGAACUGGAUAUCCAGCGGCAGAAGCUUCAGCGGGCGCCGCGGCCAACCCUAACCUCAGAAUGAACAAAAGGGUGUCUGUUGUUAAAGGCCACUUCCCAAAGCUCGCUGACUGCGCUCACUUCCACUACGACAACGUAGACCUCGGCGCCAUCGUGCUCCAGUAUCUCAGUGAACAGGACCAUGGGGAAGCCAAGUGGGGGGCAGGACCCUCCUCAAAGGUCUCUUUGGUACAGGUCACCUGCCAGGGUAAGUCAUGGCUGGUCAGAAGGUCGUACGAGGAGUUCUGCACGUUGGACGCCCACCUGCAUCAGUGCAUCUACGACAGGCGCUACUCCAGACUGGCACCGCUGCAACCGCUGGGACAGACGGAGGACAAGACGGAGAUGGUCUGUACUCUGCUGGCGGAGUACCUCCGUCGACUGUCGGGCAUCAUCGACAACAAACUCAACUGCGGACCUGUGCUCUCGUGGAUGGAGAUCGACAACCGAGGCAACCGCUUCCUGCUGAAGGAGGAGGCGUCUCUCAACGUGCCAGCCAUUGCUGCUGCCCGUGUGGUGAAGCGCUACACCGCGCAGGCCUCUGAUGAGAUAUCUAUAGAGGUUGGAGAUAUCCUGUCUGUGAUUGACAUGCCGCCCAAAGAAGAGACCAGCUGGUGGCGAGGAAAGCAUUGCUUUCAGGUGGGCUUCUUCCCCAGUGAAUGUGUAGAGCUAAUCAACGAGAAACAGACGGGCAGUGCGUCCGGCACUAAGACAGAUCAAGAUGGAACCAGCUGUCCCGGACCUGACUCUCCCACAUCAGUGUGUAAGAAACACGGCAAGAUGCUGGGGUUUCUGAAGACCUUCAUCAAAUCCAGACCAUCCAAACAGAAGCUGAAGCAGAGGGGGAUACUCAGGGAACGGGUGUUCGGCUGUGACCUCGGGGAACAUCUGCUCAAUUCUGGACUAGAUGUUCCUCAGGUUCUGGUCAGCUGCUCGGAGUUCCUGGAGCAGCACGGAGUGGUGGACGGCAUCUACCGGCACUCCGGAGUCUCCUCCAACAUCCAGAAACUACGUCAUGAAUUCGACAGUGAGAUAGUUCCCGACCUCACUAAGGGAAUCUACAUGCAAGACAUCCACUGUGUCGCCUCCUUGGGUAAACUGUACUUCCGAGAGCUGCCCAACCCCCUGCUCACCUACCAGCUGUACGACAAGUUUGCAGACUGUAUGGGAGAAAUGACUGACGAUGAACGCAUGGUCAAAGUCCAUGAUGUCAUCCAACAGCUACCCCCUCCUCACUACAGAACCCUGGAGUAUCUGAUCCGCCACCUAUCGAGGCUGGCUACGAGGAGCGGAGAAACCAACAUGCACAUCAAGAACCUGGCUAUUGUUUGGGCUCCCAACUUACUGAGGUCCAAGGAGAUCGAGACUGCCGGCCUGGUGGGUUCUGACCCCUUCAGGGAGGUUCGGGUCCAGUCGGUCAUUGUGGAGUUUCUCUUGAGCCAUGUCAAUGUGCUAUUCUCCGACUCGUUCACUUCUGUUGGAAAAUUCACACAAGCCCCAGGCCAGCUGCACCUGGCCAGACCCAAGUCCUUCGUGUCGGCGCGGCUCCUCUCUCUGGAGGAAGCCCAGGCCCGCACCCAGGCCCCUCUCAUGCUGCAGGCUGCCCCCCUGCACCCCCUGCACCCCCUGCAGGAGCAGUACCACACGGUGCUGGCGGUCCAGGACAACAGGGCUAAGAAGGUUAUAAAAGGAAGGAAGACUGCGGCAAGCUGGAAAACUAUUUUUGAUUUCGGAAAACCAAUGAGAAUCGGCUCCCUGUUCCAGCCAAACAUGGCUCACUUUGGUUGCCGCGUUGACAGCGUGACCCUGAGGUCUGCCAAGAGUGAGGACAGCCUGUCCUCGCAGCACAGCGGCUCAGGAUCCGCUCAGUACCUGCGGUCGCGGCGUCCCCGACCAAGCAGCGACGGGCUGUCGUUGGGCGCCAGCGUCAACAUGGAGUCCGCCUGGCCACACCCUAACGCACGCCUGUCCUCCAGCCGCUCCUACGACAGCCUGCUGCCCAGAGACCACAGCCUUGGGAACCAGGGGGAGACGGGAGAAGACGGGGACGAUGAAGAAGAGGAGGGAAUCUACUCCAUGCCUGAAAUACCGAGUCAGGGGAUCGCGUCCCGCUGGAUGGCAGAAGACCUGGACGACUUCAGCCCCACCUUCCCGGACGACCGGCCCCUGGGACUGGGCUCCACCAGGACCUCCCCGCCCUCCGGCCGGCACGCCGCCUAUUACCACGGCCGCCGGCCCCCUCGCCCAAUCACGGAGGACCCCGACUCUGUGCUCAACCAAUCGGAAGCCAUCGCCCGGAGGAGCCUGAUCCUGGCGGCGACGGCUCCGCCCCAGCAGGCGUUUGUCCAGCACCAGGCCUCCCACAGCUGCCCGGUGCAGGGGGACCUGAGCGGCCAGAGACCUGCGGACGCCCACCAGCCCCACGAGAGGAUCUCCUUCACCAAGAAGAUGGUUCACGCCCUCUCCCCCAAGACCAGCAAGGCUCCCACGCUGGACAUCUCUCAGCCCGUCGCCAUCAGCGUCCCCGCCAAGGUCUUGGAGAUGAUUGGCGGCCGUGCCGGCGAAUCACAGCACUUGGCCACUUCUGAUUCGCCGCAGUCACCCCAAAUGAUCUCCAUGCUGCUGAGGUCGUGUGACAUUCAGCUGAGUGACACCUGUCAGCAAGAGCUCAACAGUAAGCUCGGGGCCACAGCUCUGGGGAUGGCUAAAGGUGAGGAAGGGAUUCAUUCGUUCCCGGCGUUGUGUUUAUUGGUCCGAUUAAGGAUCCGAUGGACAAACUGUUUCAUAUGUUUCACACACAACGGUUUAUCGCUUCAUUUUAUAGGUCCCAUAUUACCCCACCAUCUACCCUCCCUCGAUGCCCCAGGUCCUAACGGAGCCCCCCCGGCGGUCCAGAAGCCCCCCCUGCCCAAGAACCCGGCCCGCCUGAUGGCCCUGGCCCUGGCGGAGAGUGCCAACCGGGCGGAGGGCGCCAACCGGGCGGAGGGCGCCUUGCUGCCCUACAGACCGCCUCAGACCGGCUACAGACCCCCGCCGCACCCGGGCUACUCUCACCAGGAUCCAGAGUCCAAUCAGCAGCCAGGCCUGUCCCCUGAGGCGAAACCACCCCCUCCCUAUUCCACUGAGCCCAAGCACGUGGACAUGGGAACCCUCUCCUCGACGACCUCCGGCUCCGACCCCGUGACCUCCGACCUCUCCCGGGUCAACUCCUCGGAGGACGACCAGAGCUCCGACCCGUUCUACAGCAGCGUCCACGUCGCCUCCCGGGACAGCCCCGUGCGGACGGACCGCCCGCAGCCCCCGGCCUACGGGCGCCAGCUCUCCGCCCCUCCGUCGACGGCGAGCGGCGCCGGGGCCAACGCCAACGCCGCCGCCACCACCGGCCUCCGCCAGCAGAGCGACUCGGUGCCCCAGCUCUGCUCCGGCGCCCCCCAGCCCGCCGGCGGACCCCCCUCCCAGCCCCAGCUGCACCACUCCAGCUCCGAGAGCUCCCCCCUCUCCAGGGCCCGCCUCCCCCCGCCGUCGGGCCGGCCCAGGGUCCCCGCCAAGCCCUCGGACCUAGUGGCCCCCAAGAGGGAGCCCCCCUUUCAACGGGGGGGCCGCGACCUGCCCCUCCAGGUGGCCCCCGCGGGGCCCCAGAGGGAGCCACCGCACCCCUUCGCCCGGACCAACCUGCGGCGCUCUCUGGACUCGGGGAGGGUGCGCUGUCUGAUCGGCCCGCCCGACUUCCAGAGCCCCUUGGUGCGGGCCUUCUCGGAGCGGCUGGGCGGGGUUCCGGACAAGCUGGCCCGCUACCACGCGGCUCAGGCGGCCAAUCAGCUGGGGGCCGGCGGCCCGCCUCCCUCCGCACUGGCGCUGGCGGCCCAGCACCACUUUGCACAGGCCAGCAUCAAGGCGGAGCGUCUGCGGGACAAGCAGAACCCGUACCACGAGAUCGGGGGCCCCGAGGGGGAGGAGCCCUACCCCUUCCGCCCGCCCAGUUACUCCAGGCACGCCUUCGGCCCCCCCCGGCCCGACCUGGAGGGAGGCCUUUUCCCCGCGCCCCGCCUCCAGCCCCGCCCCCAGCCCCACUCCUCCCCCGAGGCCUACCAUGGCCCCGCCCCCUCCCACCACGCCCUCCCAGAGGCGAGCCACUUCCCGCCCUCCCACGGCGACCCGGGCCCGCCCCCGCAAGCGUCGUUCAGCAGGCUGCCGGCCGGCAGCGAGAUGCACCCCAUCCCGGCCUCCUGCUUCAGCGCCCUCGCCCCCGCCGCCGCCGCCGCCGCCGCCUCCCGCACGUUCUCCUCGCCGCGUAAGGCGCGCCACGCCCCCGCCGCCGCCUCUCUGCACGCCUCCAACCCCCCCAACCCGCAGCCCGCCCCGCUGCACCCCUACUUCGAGAACGGCCGCGUGUGUUACCGCGAACAGCCCGAGGACGCGCCGGCGACCGCCGCCGCCGCGCACAGCACCAAGAGGCCGGCGCCCCCCGCCCGACGCCACGGCCCCCAGCGGCCCUACAGACCGCCCGCGGAGCCCCGGCAGCCCGUCUACGUCAACUACCCCUUCAGCCUGUCGCCGUCCGCCGCCCCUCCCCCGGCGGCGGCCUCCUCCUCCGUGGCGCUCCCCGUGGGCCGGGGCUGGGCCACCAGCGACCUGGACACCCCCCGGGAGCGCUCGCCGCUCACCUCGCCCGGGGACAGCCGCUCCUCCGGCUCCCUCCCGUCCCCCCCGGGGAGCGGCGGCGGCGGCGACCGGGCUCCGGGGGGGCACGACCGGGGGCCGUGCACGGCGGCGGCGGCGGCCAAGCGCUCCUGGUCCGAGGACGAGGACGCCGAGCCGCUCUCGGGUCACAACCUCGCCGAGCUGCUCAUGGCCAAGAUGGCGGCGGAGGAGGACGGCAACGAGGCGGACAGCGACAGCCCGAGCCGCCCCGGCCCCUCCUCCUCCUCCUCCCGCCGCCAGACGCACUUCAGGGGCCGCCAGUACCCGGGCGCCGACGCCGUCCCCCCGCCGCCGCCGCCCUACGCCGCCGCCUUGUUCAGCUGCUCCUCCUUCCAGCAGGCGGGGGCCUCGCGCCGCGCCUCCUCGGGGGGCGGGGGCCAGUACCACCGCCAGGCCUAUGACGUCCACCCCCCCCAGGACCCCUUGCUGCGGUUCCAGCGGGCCCCCGACCCGCCGUCCCGUCUGAACCCCCGCUCGCACAGCUCGCGCAGCUGCCACAACCCGCUCUACCCUCCCCGCCGCUCCGCCCACGCCUACCCGCCCCCGGGGCUCUUCGGCCUCCCCAGCGGCGACCCCGGGGGCUACCUGGCCCAGAACAUGCACCAGGCGGCGGCCGCGGGGCCACGCCCGCCCCACCCGGCUCAGGGCUCCCCCCCGGGGGAGACGGCGCCGGAGACGUCGGCCCUGAGAGGGGUGGUGGGGCAGAACGGGGUGCCGGGGGCCAAGUGGAGCCAGACGCGGUCCUACUGCUAG